AUGCAUGUUGCUGUGAAAAUGGAGGGCUGCGAAGUUGGCGAUUUAGGCAUAUAUGAAGCGGGAUCUGCACGGGUACGGGUAACCCGCGCGGGUCACGGGUACGGGUACUACUGGGGUACGGCACCUCCUGCAUCAGUAAUAGCGGACGCCAUACUUCCCGCGUGCACGCUACAACCAGCACCACCACCAACACCAGCACCUAACGCGCCUUCCCAAGUCCACCAACUCCACGUUCACAGCGCGCGCGCCCGAAACGCGUCAACAAGUGUUGACGCGAUGCAAACACACGCGGACGACACGCGAAGACGAAAGGACAAGAGAAUCGAGGAAGGGAGAAGGGAUGGUAUAGAGAUGAAGGAGGAAAGAGGAACUCGACGAGACGAGACUUUGGGCACGCUGAAAGUGAGUACUCACAUUGAAGACUCUACCCCCAGCAACAACAACGACGUCAUACGCGUCACAUCGCCAGCGCCUAUCUUUGUGCGCCCAGCACUCGCACCACCACCAGCUUUCACGCCAACGCCACCAUCCACAACGCCAACGCCACCAUCCUCGACCGUGCCUCCACUCCUCCUUCUUGUGCCAUCCACAUAUGUUCGAGUCACAUCAGCAUUCGCUGACGUGUGCUGGACAUAUGUGCUAAGCACUGGUGGUGAUACCUAUGGUACCCGCGGGUAA